AUGGAUAUGUCAGGAAUUACACCUCCGUGCAUGGAUUGGGACAGUACAAACCUCCCGGAGGCGUGGGAAAGGUUCAAGCGACACGUGGAACUCAUCUUCACUGGACCUUUGAGCUCCAAAUCAGAGAUAGAGAAAGUGUCAUAUCUUCUCUUGUGGAUAGGCGACAAAGGCCGCGACGUUCAUCAAGCGUGGACUCUGACUGAAGCCGAGAAAAAGAGCCUGAAAUCCAUUUACAAGAAAUUUCAAGCUCACGUCCAGCCAAAACUCAACCCAAUUUUCGCGCGCUUCAGAUUCUACAACGAAGUUCAAGGAGCUGACACUAUCGACAAAUUUGUCACUCGACUACGACUACGCUCACGUGACUGUAAGUUCAACGCAAACGAAGACGAAAUGAUCAGAGACAGGAUCGUUUUCGGCACGAACAAUUCAAGAAUAAGGGAAAAACUCAUCAAUGAAGGAGAGAAGCUAACGCUUGACAAAGCACUCCAGAUAGCUCAAAGCUUUGAGUACUGCCAGACUCAAAUGGCAACCAUGAAUUUGACGUCAACGCAAACGGACACACCGCCAGUCACCCCAACACCCGUGGACGCCAUACACAGACGUAACGGACGUAAGCCACCGCCAGACAACCACCAACAGCAGCGCCAACCACCACAGCAGCGCCAACAACAACGUUCAUAUCAACGAUAUGAGAAAUCAUGUGACAAUUGCGGACGAGUGCACGGACCUACCAAAACUCAGUGCCCAGCAUUUGGCAAAUUGUGUAACAAGUGCCAAAAACAAAAUCAUUUUGGACAUAUGUGCAGAAGUAACCAGAAUUACCACAAAUCUGUACAUGACAUUGACGCUAGUGCUGUAGACGGUGCAUGUGGAUAUUCAUGUGACACACCGGAAUACUACAUCGACAUGGUAAGCACACGUUCUUUAUCACAAUCGCCAGACCGUGCCUUCGUUCCCAUCACUCUUGGUCCUAGCAAAGUACCAAUACAUUUCAAAAUUGAUACAGGCAGUGAAUGCAACAUAGUUUCACAUGAAACGUUCAAACGCCUAAAAUUAAGUGCCCCUCUCGAGCCCCCCGACAGCAAACUGACCUCUUACUCAGGCGACCUUCUCAAGGUUCUUGGAAAAGUGAGUCUUCCCUGCUGCCACAAAUCUGAUACAAUCAUGGCUACAAUCUAUGUUGUUGAGAAUCGUGCCCCUCCAUUGUUAGGACUCAGAUCAUCACUAGAGUUGAAUUUGAUCAAGCUGACCUACUCUGUAGAAAACUCCCCCAAAGAGCCCCAAGUACUGACUAGGGAUUCUGUAAUGUCCGAAUACAAAGAGCUUUUCCAUGGAGUUGGGGAAAUUCCAGGGUUUGCGAAUUUACACCUUAAGGAAAAUGCAGUCCCCGUUGUGAACCCCCCGCGAAAAGUGCCCGAAGCUCUUAAACCACGACUUAAGGACGAACUCGACCGCAUGGUCAAAGACGGAAUUGUCACUAAGGUCACCGAACCCACUGACUGGGUAAAUUCGAUAGUUUUGGUAGAAAAGCCAAAGACAGGUAAACUUAGGGUUUGCAUUGACCCAAAGGCUCUAAAUGACUCAAUCCGUAGACCGCAUUACCCAAUGCCGACUUUAGACGACGUGACGUCAGAGCUAUGUGGGGCUACACAUUUCAGUAUUCUAGAUAUUACGCAUGCGUAUUGGAGUGUCAAACUAGAUCACGAGUCUUCCCUACUUACAACGUUCAGUACGCCUUUCAGCAGAUAUAGAUACCUAAGGCUCCCAUUUGGCAUCACAUCUUCAGGCGACAUAUUUCAGCAGAAAUGCAAUGAAAUCUUUGAAAACUUGCCCGGAAUUCAUGCCAUAGUAGACGACAUUUUGAUACAUGGUCGCUCACGGUCAGAACACGACGAAAAUUUGCGAAAAGCGCUCAAUAGAGCACACGAAAUAGGCAUUAAAUUUAAUCCCGACAAAUGCGUUAUCGGAGCGACAGAAGUCCCUUUCUUUGGUCACGUCAUUUCUAGUCAUGGCCUCAAACCCGACAAUGCCAAAAUAGACGCCAUUGUGAAACUCAAAACGCCGGACUCCCGCGCAGAGUUAGAAACAUUCCUCGGCAUGGUCAAUUACUUGGCCAAAUUCGCGCCAAAACUCGCCGAAACCACAUCCCCUCUCCGGAGCCUCUUGCAGAAAGAUAUCGAGUUCUUUUGGGAUGAGCCGCAGACACGCGCGUUCGAAAAGGUCAAGGAGACGAUAACAAGCUCACCCGUUCUAGGUUACUUUGACCCAAAGAAGCCCUUAGUCUUAGAAUGUGACGCAUCACAAAACGGGCUCGGAUGCUCCUUAUGGCAGGACGGUAGGCCCAUAGCAUACGCUUCAAAAAGCUUAACUAAUACUGAGAAAAUGUACGCAAACAUUGAACGCGAACUCCUUGCAAUCGUGUUUGGUUGUAAGCGAUUCCAUCAGUUUACGUAUGGUAGACACGUAAUAGUUCACAGUGACCACCGACCGAUUUCUGCAAUAAUGAAAAAACCCCUGUCGGCAGCCCCUCCCAGGCUUCAGAGAUUGCUGCUAUCUCUGCAAAAGUAUGACGUAACAGUAGAACACGUACGCGGAAAGGACAUUCCCGUUUCUGAUUACUUGUCAAGGCACUCAGUAAAUGAAACUUACCCGACACUGAUUGAAGGUUUGGACACACACGUCCAUUCGGUUAAAAGACAGCUUCUUGUAACCGACUCACGACUUGAAAAAAUAAGACAGGCUAUUAGAGACGAUCAUGACAUGAAAGUAUUGAAACGGACUAUACUACAAGGUUGGCCGGAAUCGCGGUCAGACUGCGAGUCCGCGGUAACCGAUUUCUGGAAUCACCGGGACGAAUUGUCAUUCGAAGAUGAACUAUUUUUCAGAGGUCAAACACUCCUCAUUCCAAAAUCCCUGCAAGUAGAAAUGGUUAAACAGGUUCACACAGGUCACCUAGGUGUAACCAAGACUUUACAGCGCGCCAAAGACUGUUUGUUUUGGCCUGGCAUGCAAAGGCAGAUCACAGAACACGUGUUGCAAUGCCCUAUAUGUUUGACUCACAGAGAUUCAAAUACGAAAGAACCCAUGAUCUCUCUAGAAUUCCCAGACAGACCGUACCAAGUUUUGUCAACAGACUUGUUUCAUUUGGACGGCAGAGACUAUCUACUUACGAUUGAUCAUUAUUCAAGAUUUUUUGAAGUUGACCAUUUGACAAAUACACGAUCUAGUACGAUUGUUCACAAACUGCAGGCACAUUUUGCUCGCAAUGGAAUUUGCGAUGUUUUACAUAGUGAUAAUGGGCCUCAAUUUUCGAGCUCAGAAUUCGCUGAUUUUGCAAAAUCAUGGAAGUUCAAACAUCAAACGUCUUCACCUCUUCAUCCCCAGGGUAACUGCUUGGCUGAACGCGGAGUAGGUAUUGCGAAGAAAAUUAUGAAAAAAGCAAGAGAUAGUGGUCAAAAUGUAUACCUUGCUUUAUUAGAAUAUAGAAAUACGCCACUAGAUUGUGGAUACACCCCUGUUCAACUACUUUGUAGUCGCAGAACCAAAUCAGUUUUGCCAAUCACAAACAAAGCUCUAUUGCCCCAAAUAGUGAAUGCUAGCAAGGUGAAACAGACGGCUAUUCAUACAAAAUCGAAGCAAAAGCAGCAUCACGAUUCAUCAUCAAGGCAAUUAAAGCCCAUAUUCAUUAAUGACUCUGUUAGAGUUCAAACAGGAAAAAUUUGGGUUCCUGCAAAAGUCGCGCAACAAAAUGGACCGAGGUCAUUCACUGUACAAACACGAGAUGGAAAAAUUUACCGCCGAAAUCGCAAAGUUCUACAUAAAACAAAUGAAAUUGUGUCAGACAUCCUGCCUUUAGAUUACAACAUUUCGGCUAGCUCUCCGAUUUCCCCAGAUGCGCCCCAGUCGGUCAGCUCAGGUCAAAUUCCGACUUCAAGCAAUUCAAACAGUGAAUCAGGCUCCCCUUAUGUAACACGGUCUGGCAGAUUUGUGAGAAGGAAUGUGCGCAACUAUGAUCAGAACUGGGUUAACCACUUAUCAGCGAUCAAAUGCUGA